GUAACUGGCUAUAGCCAGUGAGAAAUAAUUCCUCUCUCCCACCUACCCAACCCUGCCUGGGCCAACCUAGAGCACUUGAAGGCAGCCAGCCACUAGGCUUCCUUACGGGCGAGUUGAGCAACUCAGACUUGACCAGCCCAUUAAAUCCUGUCCAAGAACGCAGGGGACCGGUAAAGAGAAGUGGGACCUGGGUUCAGUUGCCAGGUUCGCACUUUUCCGUCUCCAGCGGACCAAGCUUGGCCCGUUGCAGCAUGACUCUGUGGAAUGGUGAGCUGCCUUUCUACCCCCAGCCCCGGCAUGCCCCCGGCUUCAGCGUCCCGUUGCUCAUCGUCAUUCUGGUGUUCUUGGCCUUGGCCGCCAGCUUCCUGCUCAUCUUGCCUGGGAUUCGUGGUCACUCGCGCUGGUUCUGGCUGGUGAGAGUUCUUCUCAGUCUGUUCAUAGGCGCGGAAAUUGUGGCCGUGCACUUUAGCGCACAAUGGUCAGUGGGUGGGAUGAACACCAACACAUCCUACAAGGCCUUCAGUGCAGCAAGGGUCAGCGUUCACGUUGGUCUCCACGUCGGCCUGGCGGGAAUUAAUAUUACACUCACAGGGACCCCGGUGCAGCAGUUGAACGAGACCAUAGACUACAACGAGCGCUUCAACUGGCGUCUGGGUGAGAACUAUGCCGAGGAGUACUUGGAGGCACUGGAGAAGGGGCUGCCCGAUCCAGUUCUCUACUUGGCGGAGAAGUUCACCCCGAGCAGCCCCUGCGGGCUCUAUCGCCAGUACCGCCUGGCGGGACACUACGCGUCCGCCACGCUGUGGGUGGCGUUCUGCUUCUGGCUCCUCUCCAACGCGCUGCUCUCCAUGCCGGUCCCGCUCUACGGAGGCCUGGCGCUCCUGACCACCGGCGCCUUCACGCUCUUCUCCAUCUUCGCCUUCGCCUCCGUCUCCAGCGUGCAGCUCUGCCCGCUCCGCCUCGGCUCCUCCACGCUCACCACUCACUACGGCGCCGCCUUUUGGGUCACCCUGGCCACCGGCAUCCUGUGCCUCCUCCUCGGAGUGGCGGUGGUGAGUCUCCACUACUCUCGACCCAGCGCUCUCCGCACCUUCUUGGACGGAAGUGGCAAGGACUAUGGUAGCCAGGCGAAAGGGAACUUCCCUCUCAUCCUGAACAACCCACUGCAUAAGCAGUUCGGAGCCCUGGACUUAACGACUAGUACUAAGCUUUGAGGGUUAUUCAACCUCGGACUCCUACCCCGCCUCGGCCCCCUGCAGGCCGGGUAGCAAUACCUGCUGGGCUCGGGCCAGGAGAGCUAGCUCCAGGAGGGUCACUGCGCCGCGGGCGCCGGGAAAACUGGGCGGCCUCAGACGUGCCGCACGCCCACGCCCGGGG